AUGUCAGGGGCCGAGCUCAUCGGCAUCAUCUCGGGCAUUGUUUCCCUUGCCCAAGCAUCGAUCAAGAUCUAUCAGGCCGUCGACAACGCCUCAGGUCUCCCGAAGUCAUUCCAGGACGUAUUUGCUCGGUUGCCGCUUGUUCAGAGCACACUGGAGGCCGCGGCGGCGGGUAUCGCCGAAGAGGAGGAAGCUGGCGACAAUCUUGCGUCCGACCGAUCACGAGCGGCGUUGGGCAAGGUGCUCGAGAGUUGCCGAGACAAAGCAGCGGCUCUUAACAAGAUCUUGCGGGCCGUCAUGCCAACGGCAGGGGCGAAACGCAUGGAGCGGUACCUGAAGGCGAUCAAAACGACUCCGAACGCCGACAAAGUCGAGAAUCUGAUGGAUGGCAUCUUGCGCGACAUGCAGGUGCUGACGGUCAGCCAGGUUGUCAAUGCACCAAUACGGUCGCAGAUGAAGGAACUGAUCGCGGCGAUAGAGAGGAUGGAAGUGGAAAGAACGGACGACGGGAGUUGCGCGCCCGCGGUAUCUUUGUACAGCGCCGGCUCCGGGUCGCAGUACGUACACAGCGGGCGGGGUGAUCAAAACGUGGUUGCCGGACAUGGGGUUCAGAUAACCGGGAAGUCAACGGGACCGUUUUACUUUGGUCGGACAUACGCUUGA